AUGCGUGCCGUGGCGGCAUCGCUCGCCGCUCUUACGGUUGCGGGCCUGGUGCUUGCGCGCAAGGCACCGAAAGGCCCCGUGUUUGCGGACAAGAAUCCCGAGAAUUACAUGCAGGAACAUAUGGCGGCUGAGCACCACAUUGGCGCCUUUGACCUCGCGAGCUUUUUCGCGCUGCACGACUUGGACCGCAAUGGCGUGCUAGAGCGCGCAGAGAUUGAGGCGAUCUAUGGUGUGCACCACUCUCUCUCGCGUAAGCAUUCGCCCAACGCUGAAGUACAUGACGAGAAGGCAGACAAGAUUGUGCGCGAGGUGCUUCGCCGACUCGACUACAACCAUGACGGCAUGGUCUCACGCGCUGAGUUCCUGCAUGGCGGUGUAAAGGGCCUGCCACAGUUCCCCGAGUUUGGCAAGAAUGAGCUCGGACACCACUACGACGAGGAGUCGGAGUACUAUGUGCACCACGAGAGUUUAUACCACAACCGGCCCCAGGACCAGACGGACGAGGCGUACUCGCAUCCGGAAGAUGUGGUGCACUUCCGCGAACACGAACGCAUCGAGCGCGAGGAGGAAGAGCGCGAGCGCGUUGCAGAAGGCAUGCCCUCGAUCGCCGAGGAGGAGCGCUUAAAGGCCGAGGCCCUACGCGCCGGCAAGCCGUACGAGAGCCCGUAUGAGCGGCAGUACACCGCCGAAAAUAUCGAAGCUGCCAAGGACUUUGACCGCAUGAGCAAGCUGGGGGCGGCUGGCCGCGACUUGCUGUCGGAGCAGCACACGUUCAAGACGCCGAAUGGCCCGAAAAAGGUCGCGGCUACCAAGGAGAACGUGGUGCUUGCGCAGGGCAACUUUGGCGAGGCGAAUGAGCCGCCGGUGUUUGCUGCGGGCAGCGGCGCUGCGCGCGCGCCCAUUGACCAUAUCAAUGGCGAAACGGAACUUGGACGCAAGAUCCGGCUCGACCAAGCGCGCCGUGAGGCGAGCGGCCGGCCUCGCUUCGGCCAGGGCUCCAGUGGCAUGGCGCAGCCGCGCGAUGACGUGGACCGCUUCAAGGCAGGCAUGCCGUACAAGUAUCGGAUGAAAAAGAACGGGUUUCUGCGAGACCUGUAG